GCGGGAGCAUGGCCCGGGGCGGAGGGGGCCCGGCGCCCUGAGCGGCGCCAUGCGGGGCCGGCUGCUGGCGCGCCUGCGGCGGCGGCGGCUCUUACGGCUGCUGCUGGCCCUGGGCGCGCUGGCGCUCGGGCUCUGGGCCGCCUACCUGGAGCUGCUGGCGGCGGCGGGACCCGGCGGCGGAGCCGGCCCUGUGCGCAGAUAUGAAAGCUGGAGGGAACUGGCUAAGGUUCUGGCAGACCCAAAUGUCCCAGCUGGGGACCUAAGCCUCCCGUUUUACUAUUCCCAGAAGAUGGGACAUCAGAACCAAGAGCAUCAAAGAAGUGGGAGGAAUAAAUUGAAUUACACAGCUGUGAACAACCCUGUCCCAUGGAUGCCAGAGUUCCAGGGCCAGGCCAACCUGCAUGUGUUUGAGGACUGGUGUGGCAGCUCCACUGAUCAGCUCAGAAGAAACCUCCACUUUCCCCUCUACCCCCACACAAGAACAGUGCUGAAGAAACUGGCCGUGUCCCCAAAAUGGACCAACUACGGUCUCCGGAUAUUUGGCUACCUGCAUCCUUUCACUGAUGGAGAGUUUCAGUUUGCCAUUGCUGCAGAUGACAAUGCUGAGUUCUGGUUGAGUUCAGAUGAAAAGACCUCUGGUCUCCAGCUGCUGGCCAGUGUGGGCAAGACAGGGAAGGAGUGGACAGCACCGGGGGAGUUUGGAAAAUUUUGGAGCCAGCAGUCAAAGGUGGUGAGGUUGUCAGCCUCAGGCAGGUACUACUUUGAGGUGCUGCACAAGCAGGAUGACAAAGGGACAGACCAUGUGGAAGUAGCAUGGAAACUGAAUGACCCAGAUGCCAAGUUCAAAGUCAUUGACUCCCAAUACCUCUCCCUUUUUGCUAAUGAGACACUGUUAAAGAUGGAUGAGGUUGGGCACAUCCCGCAGACUCUGGCUAGCCAUAAGAGCCGGGCUGCUGAUGACACAGGCGGCAAGGCACACCCUGCUGACAUGUUGAAGCCUGACCCCCGGGACACUCUUUACAAAGUGCCUCUGCUCAGCAAGUCACGCCUGCGCCGAGCCCUGCCAGACUGUCCAUACAAGCCUAGCUACCUGGUGAAUGGGUUCCCUCUGCAGCGCUACCAGGGCCUCCAGUUUAUUCAUUUAUCCUUCGUUUACCCCAAUGAUUACAGCCGUCUGAGCCAUAUGGAGAAAGAAAACAAAUGCUUCUAUCAGGAAAACCCGUAUUACUUGGAAAGAUUUGGGUUCUCCAAGUACAUAAAAAUGGACCAGACAGAGAAGAGCCUGGACUCUGAUGACAAGACUGAGCAACCAGGCUUUCAGGAGGGGAACCUGGAUGACCUGCAGUAUGGAGAGCAGGAUGUGGAGAGCACUGUCUCCCCUGCGCACCCCAACAUGCGGCAGGCAGAACCAGCAAGUGCUGCUCCCGGCACAGUGAUGGGCAGCGAUCGUGUCUAUGAGGACUAUUCCCUCCGGGAGCAUCGGCGGCUCCUCUCUGUUGGUGACACAGGGGAGGUGACACAAAGGAGACGGACAAAAAAGUCUGGUGUCAAAACAGCCCUUCUGGCCCCUGCCAACCAAAGCCUCAGUCGAGCUGGCCCAGAGAGAAACCCGGUGACAAAGAGACCUCACUUAAAAGCUGGAGUCAAAGACAACUCCAGAAGCCCUCCGCAGCAUGCCAGGGCCGCCCAGGGCAGAGCACCUGCCAAAAAGGAGAACCCUCCUUCUAGGAGCAGGUCUCAAAGGGAGCAGCCUCUCAGCAGCCCCAGGGACUCAGGGGUCAGGAUUUCCAAAGGUCUGAGACCUCGAGGAGACCUCAGCAUCAUGGAGGAUAGCCUGCAGCCAGCAGGCACUAAGCAAGCUAGGAGAGCUGGCCCAGCAUCCAGCAAAGCCAGCAGGCACCUUGUGGAUACUGCUGGCCCCAGCAAGGACCCGCCACGGCUGGAGCAGUGGCUGAACCAAGUGGAGGCCUACGUGGCUGAGCAGAAGAGGGCCACUGGUGGGGAUGCGGGCAAGGGAGAGACAGAGGUGGCAUCUCUUGCAAAGGGCAAGUCUAGGCCUGAGAAGGUGGCAGCAGAAGAGGAAGAAGAAGAGGUGGAUGGGGAGCCAGAGGAGGAGGAUGAAGAGGGUUUUGAUUAUGUACCAGUGUUUGACCAGCUGGUGAACUGGGAGCAGACUUUCAGCGCAAGCAACCUGGAUUUCCAUGUGCUGCGCACUGACUGGAUUGAUCUGAAGUGCAACACAUCAGGAAACCUGCUGCUGAAAGAGAGGGAAGCCCUGGAAGUCACACGUGUCUUCCUCAAGAAGCUCAACCAAAGGAUUAAAGGGCGGUUCCAGCUGCAGCGUAUCGUGAAUGUGGAGAAACGCCAGGACCGCAUGCGAGGGAGCCGCUACCUGCUGGAGCUGGAGCUGCUGGAGCAGGGAGAGCGUCUCGUCCGCUUCUCCGAGUACAUCUUUGCGCGUGGCUGGCAGGGCGUGGGUGGCGAUGAGCAAGAGGAGAGGAACAUGAGGAACCUGGCUUGGGGUCGCCGGCGUCACCUGAUGGCUGUGGCAAAAGAGCCAGAGCUGUGCUGGCCCCAGGGCUUUUCCUGGAACCACCGUGCUGUGGUUCACUUUGUGGUGCCAGUGAAAAACCAGGCACGGUGGGUGCUGCAGUUCAUCUCUGACAUGGAAGAGCUGUUCCGAGUCACUAAGGAUCCCUACUUCAAUGUCAUCAUCACAGACUACAGCAGCGAUGACAUGAACAUAGAGACUGCUCUGAAAAGGUCUAGCUUGCGCAGCUAUCGGUACUUGAAGCUGAUGGGGAAUUUUGAGCGUUCUGCUGGCCUGCAGGCAGGAAUAGACCUCGUGACGGAUCCACACAGCAUAAUUUUCCUUUGCGACCUCCACAUCCACUUCCCAGCUGGAAUCAUUGACUCAAUCCGGAAGCACUGCGUGGAAGGCAAGAUGGCCUUUGCUCCCAUGGUCAUGAGGCUGCACUGCGGCAUGUCCCCACAGUCACCCGAUGGCUACUGGGAGGUGAAUGGGUUUGGUCUCCUUGGCAUAUACAAGUCUGAUCUGGACAAGAUCGGAGGGAUGAAUACAAAAGAGUUUCGGGACCGCUGGGGAGGAGAAGACUGGGAACUUCUGGACAGGAUCUUACAGGCCGGGCUGGAAGUGGAACGUCUGUCCCUGAGAAACUUUUUUCACUGGUUUCAUUCAAAGCGGGGAAUGUGGAACCGGCGCCAGCUAAAAACAUUGUAGCCUUCAACUCCAGAGAUGCUCGGCAGCACCAUCCACCAUCUUGCCUUGAUGUGCACUUUAUUAAGGCACACAGCCAAGAGCAUAAACUCUGCCUCCACUGGGACAGAAGAAGGAAGUGUCGGGCUAGAAGAGUGGGAGCUUCUCUUGUGAAUCAUUGCAUCCAGCAUGGGAUCCAUGUCCUUUUGGGAAGUUAUAUGUGCGAGCUGUCGCACAGUGAAGGAUUUGUAUUUCCUGCCAUGCAGUCUGGUGGAUGGUACAGUGGGGAGAGGUGCCAUAUUUCCUGUUGAGUCUUGCGUGGUGCAAAUCAAACAAAAAUCCCAGCUAAGCCCAGAAUGUUUUACAGGAAUGCACCUUCUCUUUCAAUACUUGAAGAAAAAGAGGAAAAACAAAAACAAAAACCUCUCCUUCCCUCCCAACCCCUUCCCCAUCUCUCUGGUAUCAAUGCUUUCGGACAGGGGACCAAAAUAUUUUCUCUGAACUGUGUUGUGUCCGUAUGCCCAUGUGCUGACCGCAGAACAUUCUGGAUGAGGAGGUGCUGAUAAGCACUUCACCUUGCUGAUGCUUAGGUGUUUCUGUGUGCUUUGCACUUCAGUCGUUAUGAAAAAACAUGCUCAGUGAAUGUGGAUGAAGUCUGAAGUGCACUUCCCAAAUGAGAGCCACAUUUGCCUGCAGUGGAGCAAGGUGACAGGGGGUGAUGUUUCAGCUCUACCUGAAUUAUUGAUUCACUGCCUGAGGAUAGUGGAGGGGUUAUACAGAGACACUUGGAGGGCAUCUCAGGAGGAAUUUUGCAGCCUUAUCUGACAGACAUACAUGUUUGUCCUAAAAAUAUCAGGGAAACCCUCACAGGGAAGAAGUGGCAAUAUUUUAUUAGCUGAUAUAUUGAGAUUUUGUCAGAAAAAGAGGAGACAGAUUUUUCUGCUCUCUAAAUCCUGUACAUUUAUGCAGUAUCUAAAGGUUAAUUUAAUAAAUUAAGACUUAACAGUUAGGUCCUGUUAUAGUUCGACUUUCAUGUAAAGAGCAGACUUGUUUGUGUUGUCUGAGGAACUGGCACAACUGUUGGGGCUUCACUUUUGGAGCAGCCCUGGGAGCCCAGUAUGGAGAAGAUGGCUUCUCCACACUUGGCAUUUGCAUUGGUUGUAAGGAUCAGUGAGGGCAGAAGAGGUCCAGGUGAAUAAAACGAUGGUCAGACCCACGCCUGCACUGAUGAGAAAGCUGUGGGAAGAGCUUGUGUCCACAGCCAGCCUCAUGCCAGAGCAAAUUCUCAGCCCCUGAAAUUACCAUAAAUUCAAGGUAAGAUUUUUACCUCUAAAACCAUUUUACAGGACUGCACUCUACACUGGAGCUUCAGGGUCCCCAUACAAAGCUGAAAAGGCUGCUGCUGGUCUCAUGCUUCUGUGGGGAGUGUGACACUGAAUGCUCCUCACGACUCUCAGCAAUGAAGGGAGUUGUUGAGUAGUGAGCAAUGGAGGUGUGCAGCACACAAGCAGUGUCUGAAGUGGUACUAGAGCUGCUUGCUUUUAGGCUGAUGGAACAGAUGCUAAUUCAGAAUAGAUAUUUGUUAUUAAUUCCAUGGUGCUUCACAAGCCCAUCAGGCUCCACUGUUGUGGUAGAAAACGGAACAUGUGAGUUCUGGCACACAAAAUAAAUCUUGUCAAAUCA